UCCAGCGCGUCGCAUCGCGCAUCGCCUCGCGGUGUUCAGCACCACGGACAGCAGCACCGCACGAGCCCAGCGCUCAGCUCACCUGGCCCCGCAGAGAUAUCUCUAUUUUCACCCCUUUUUUUCGGCUUAUAGAAGAAGAAGAAGAAGAAGAAGAAGAAGAAGAAGUGUGGACCGACGGAGAGCACCUGACGUCACCAUGCCAGGUGGAGAGUGAAGGGAGCUUCGGGUCGUGAGGAGGAGGAGGAGGAGGAGGAAGAGGAGGAGGAGGAGGAACACUGCGGGUGAGCUUUGGGGUGGCCCUCUCCUCUCCAUCUCGGUGGUGGUGAACACCUUUCUGGACGCUCGGAUGAUGAUGGACGGCUGGCCGCCGCUGCUGCUGCUGCUGCUGCUGGCUCUCCUCGCCAUUACGGGAGGCGGCCUCGGGGCUGACACAGAGGAGAGGUUGGUGGAGCAUCUCUUAAACCCUGCCCACUACAACAAACUGAUCCGUCCUGCGACUAAUGGCUCCGAGCUGGUUACCGUGCAGCUGAUGGUGUCGCUGGCCCAGCUUAUCAGCGUGCAUGAAAGAGAGCAGGUGAUGACCACCAACGUCUGGCUAACACAGGAGUGGCAGGACUAUCGUCUGACUUGGGUCCCGGAGGAGUUUGAUGGGAUGCUGAAGGUCAGGCUGCCCUCAAAACACAUCUGGCUGCCGGACGUGGUGCUCUACAACAAUGCUGACGGGGUGUACGAGGUGUCGUUCUACUCUAACGCCGUGGUCUCCUACGACGGCAGUAUCUUCUGGUUGCCCCCAGCCAUCUACAAGUCGGCCUGUAAGAUCGAGGUCAAGCACUUCCCCUUUGACCAGCAGAACUGCACGCUGCGCUUCCGCUCCUGGACCUACGACCGCACCGAGAUCGAUCUGGUUCUCCGCGCCGACGUGGCCAGCAUGGACGACUUCACGCCCAGCGGCGAGUGGGACAUCAUCGCCCUGCCGGGCAGACGAAACGAGAACCCGGCCGACCCCACCUACGUGGACAUCACGUACGACUUCAUCAUUCGCAGGAAGCCUCUUUUUUACACCAUCAACCUCAUCAUCCCGUGUGUGCUCAUCACCUCGCUGGCGAUCCUGGUCUUCUACCUGCCCUCCGACUGCGGCGAGAAGAUGACGCUCUGCAUCUCCGUGCUGCUCGCUCUCACUGUGUUCCUGCUGCUGAUCUCCAAGAUCGUCCCCCCCACGUCACUGGACGUCCCUCUUGUGGGGAAGUACCUGAUGUUCACCAUGGUCCUGGUCACUUUCUCUAUCGUCACCAGCGUGUGCGUGCUCAACGUGCACCACCGCUCGCCCACCACACACACCAUGCCCCCUUGGGUUAAGCUGGUGUUCCUCAACAAGCUUCCCGCCUUGCUCUUCAUGCGCCAGCCCAGGAACAGCUGCGAGCGCCAGCGGCUGCGCAAGAGAAGGAGGGCCCAGGAGCAGAAGGAGGGCGGGCGCAGCGGGGAGGCGGGGGCCCUGAUGGUGGGGCUCGGGCUGAGCGGCGCAGGCGGGAACGGAGGGGCGACCUCCACGGGGGUGUUCGGCAAGGAGGACAAUGACCCCUGUACCUGCUAUGUGAACCGGGCGUCUGUUAAACAGUUUGGAGGGGAUCUGGGAGGAGCAGGCGGGGGAUCCAUGGAUGGUCUGAACAGGGUGAGGGAGGGCCGGGAAGGGGCCUCUGGGAACCUGCCGCGGGGGAAGCAGGCAGCAGGAGGUCCCGCUCUGACUCAGGCCCUGCUGGCUCAAGCCUGUCCGGGCUUCGAGGAGGCUGUGGAGGGAGUACGCUUCAUCGCCAACCACAUGAAGAGUGAGGAUGAUGAUCAGAGUGUGAGCGAGGACUGGAAGUACGUCGCCAUGGUGAUCGACCGCCUCUUCCUGUGGAUCUUCGUGUUCGUGUGCGUGUUCGGCACGUUGGGCAUGUUCAUGCAGCCGCUCUUCCAGAAUUACACAGUCAAGGUCAUCAGCCCGCCAGGCUGACCGUCCCCAGGCCCCGAGAACACGCUGAACCAGACAGCUCCCCCCGACCAAUCAGCAACAGCAGGACAAGGACCGGAGGUGGUGGUGGUGGGGGGGGGUGGGUCUCGGUUUUAUUGAACUGGAAACCAGAACUGGAACU